UUUGUUACUGAUGUGAAAUUUGCUUCCAAACAUAUGGGUCUAAUGUUAGCAACCUGUUCAGCAGACGGCAUAGUAAGAAUAUAUGAGGCCCCAGAUGUUAUGAAUCUCAGCCAGUGGUCUCUACAGCACGAGAUCUCAUGUAAGCUGAGCUGUGGCUGUAUUUCUUGGAACACUUCCAUCUCUCCUGCUCAUUCCCCCAUGAUCGCAGUGGGAAGUAAUGACAGCAGACGAACCAUAAUGGCCCAUGUUCAGAUUUUUGAGUACAAUGAAAACACCAGGAAAUACACAAAAGCAGAAACUCUUAUGACAGUCACAGAUCCUGUUCAUGAUAUUGCCUUUGCUCCAAAUUUGGGGAGAUCUUUCCAUAUCCUGGCAAUAGCCACGAAAGAUGUAAGAAUUUUCACAUUAAAACCUGUGAGUAAAGAACUUACCUCUUCUGGUGGUCCCACAAAACUUGAAAUCCAUAUCUUGGCUCAGUUUGCUAAUCACAACUCUCAGGUCUGGUGGGUGAUUUGGAACAUAACAGGAACAGUGCUAGCAUCCGCAGGAGAUGACGGCUGCAUGAGGUUGUGGAAAGCUAAUUACAUGGACAAUUGGAAGUGUACUGGUAUUUUGAAAUGUAAAGGAAGCCCAGUAAAUGGGCCAUCUCAACUGGGAAACUCAAAUCCUUCACUAAGCUCAAAUACU